AUGAGCGGUGGUCCACACAUGACCAUGGAGCAGGUGGCCCGGACUUUUCAGCCGUGCAAACUCUACGAUGGCAUCAGUGAGCGCCACGUGACUGUGGAGGUGGAUGGGGAGAUGGAAGAGGUGGAGAUUGACCCCAAAGAGGCCUCCAGCAGUGCUGGAUUAGAAUUCUACGAUACCUACACUUCUCCGGACACGCUUAGCACGAGCCAAGCCGCCAAGCAGCUCAACAACCUGGAUGCCGCAAAGGUCUCCUUUCUGCAGACGGGCCUGGAGCCCCAGCAUGGGCCCAUGAAGGCCCAGGACAUUGACGCUGUUGUGGCGGUGACACAGGCCAGUGUGAAUGCCGUGAUGAUGCAGUACCUGUCCAAAGCGCAGUUGCAGGAAGUCCUCAAGUGUUACGCCUACAAGCCGCAUUCCAAGGGUGAGAUCGUGGAAGUCGAUUACAAGACCCUUGUGAGCCAGGCCGGUGGCUCGGACCCUUUCAACUUGACCGACGGUGCUGACCAAACAAACAAGGGCGUGUUCAACUUGGCCAAAGCCCAUUUUGUUGGAGCCUUCAAGGCCAAGGGUGGCCUGCCAAAAAUACCUCUAGCCAAAAUACCAUCCAUAAUCACUCUGGGCAAGCACUCGGACAGUCCGGUCUCCUUCAACUUGACGAUGUCCGAAUUCCAGAUAUGUGGCCUCACAUACUCUGGCUUCGAGCAAGCUUUUGCGAUCAACAAGAUCCAGCCUUCGGGUUCCAGUGCGAAAACGGCGUGGUACUACAACUUUUUGGUGGACCUCACCUUGAACACCAUCAACCCCAACGCCCCGGUCCCGGACGAUGUGCGAGAACGCAUGAAGCAGUUCAUAGACAAGUUUGGCCCGAACUCUUUCAGCAUGCAGAAGCUUUUCCUGGAUCUGGAGACGGCGUCGCUUGUGGCCGACCCGGUGAUAAAGGGUGUCACCGACAACACUGACUUCGGCCCUACAUGGGCGAUGAUGUCUAAGAUCUUCACAGGAGCUUACUUCAGCCAAUUGCGCCAGACUGGCAACCCCAUCUUCGGCUACUCCAUCACAUCUACGAAGGACCCGACGCCAGCUUCUACGGUUGCAUUCCAGUCACUGGCCUAUUCGACAGCACCGUACCUGGUCGACGGCCAAGAUACUCAAAGCCCAGCAUCGUGCUUAGUAUACAACCUCUCCACCAACAACAAACCUCCUGGCAUUCAAACCUUCACAUGGAACUGGGUGGACGCCAAUGACGUGAGCCAAACGUCAGGCGUCCUGUCAGUGCGACGCAGCUUCAUUGUAAGCUACCUUACGCAGCAGGCGGCAUCCCCCAGUAGGGGGCUUUGCUUUGACACUUCCUGCACAACACACCAUAGCGGAGAGAAUUUCACCAUAUCGACGGGAAUUGCCGCUUCCGAGAAUCCAACCUCGUUCGUCGCCCUACCCCAGCCAUCACCAGUGACGGGCGGGGGUAUGCUGACUCACACAUUAUCCUUCACCCACAACUCCAAGGAUGACUCGGAGAACUCAUCCCACACUGUUAGCAUCUUCAUGGACUACAACUAUCACCUUGAUGGGCAAGUUGUUCUCAAGGGAACGCAGAUCAUCAUUACCAUGACGGCAAAGGUUGCAAUGGGCUUUCAUCACCAUGAGCUUUGUGUUCACUACACCGACCUCCCAUUGAAGGACUACUACAACAAGACAAAGACCAUCACACUUGACCUGGCCGUCAGCGAUGACGGCAAACUCACCGCGACCGAAACACUUACCACCCAGGACAACUCCUCGGCUUGGGACUUCGAUGGGAAAGGAAUCGAGGGUAUUACUGGCCUCGAGGGCUCUUUGAAAGACGGCUUGUCAAAAGCUCAGGGCGAUGUGGACAAUUUGCUCGACAAUGCAUUCAAGUAUUUUGCAGCGGGCUUGGCAGACAACUUCAACCAGUAUCAUCAAUGGGUCUUUCCCGGUGCCGACACCUUUGUCAUGUCUCAUGUUUUCUUCUCUGACAGCUGUGACCUGGUGACUCAGUUGAGGUAUGCGAGCCAAAGCAUGAACGCUUGGAUGCAUGAAGCAGGUCUCAUGAUCAUGCCUGUGAUUAAGCCAGAGCCGCCUGUUGUAGAGGAGGUCACCUACAACAUUGCAGCCUCUGCGGAGCUCAUGACGAACUAUAUCCAGUCAGACAUCCUUCAGCCACAGAAAAAGUUUCAGGCGCUGCAGACAGAUGCAGGCCUCGGGCUUCUCUUCAUGAUUGGCACAGAAGACGACUUCAACGUCGUCGUGGAGGAGUCAGGGAAGACAAGGCAUGGCUGGACAGUGCGCAGCUUGUCAGAGAAGCUCAUCAAGCAGAGCUUUCCAAAGGGGGGGACCGUGAGCACUUUCGGAGUCUCGCAGGUAGCUGGGAAGGGUACGUCGCGGGAGGUCCAUGUCGCAAUGUGCGUCCAAGCCGGGGGCACCUCUAACUUGUACCUGAGUCUCCACAACUCAGAUGCAGACCUUAAUUGGACAAAGGAUAUCCCCUGGCUGCAUGCACCCUUCAAUGCAGUGGACAGCUCUGGAAAGCCGGUGCCAGUGCCUCAGCCGCUGAACAUUGCGAACAUCAUGCUGACCCAGGCCUCUGAUGGCGAGCACAUUGUUGUGGACAUCCUGCGGAACCAGGAAGCAGCUCAGCCUCUCCUGGAGCGCUACUGGAUAGAUGUGACCAAGUCGCAGCCUUUGUGGAUGAAACACCAAAUGGCGGCUGACUUCGAGGCUUCGACCUACAAGUCUGCCCUAGGCCGCGCCAAGGGUGACUUCGUGGAUGGCAUCUACACCAUGGGCAAGGUGAACCGCGUGGCGCAAUUGGUCUACGUGCCACUCUACAAUGCCUUCGACCCCAUCGUGCCUCCAGUCGCCUCCCGACUGCGGCUCCCUGGAGAUUUGGUGCCCGACGCGAUCGCCACGGUGCGGCACAGCAACGGCGACAAUGAUUCCGACUUGUACGUCGCCUCACAGGGAGGCCUUUACUACUUCGCUGCCAGCAACCAGGGCAACGAUGCCGUGGCAACAAAGGUCGUCUCAGAACCCACACUCUUGGCAGGUGUCAAGAAGCUCUUUGCUGCAGAGGAGAAAGGUGACGUCACAGUUUGGGGGCUGAAUGGCAGUAACCAGGUCUUUUACCUCAACUGCAAAACGGACGAGGUUGCCGACUCUGAUGCUUGGAGCGUCCCGCUGCCCAUCCUCACCAGCGUUGAUGCAAUCUCGCCUUAUGUAGAUCGCAAGUUCUUGGCAAACACCUUCUUUGCGCAUACGGGCACAAGCCUGAUAAAGUGCAUCAAGACGCCUGGCACUGGGCUCUGGACGUCGAAGAGCAUCGCUCUGCCGCCAACGAGCUACAAGCAGGACUCGCGAUCUAUUCAAAGCUUCACCACAGAGGUCAAGGUGACAAACCAGAAGACAGGCAUGACAGCUGCCAACGUAGCAGUUGAGCUGACUUCAACCACUGUGACCUCGGUUAGCAUCAACCACCUCUACUACCAGGUGGGCCCUCAGCCGGUGACCGUGCAGACGGACCAGGAUGGGACCAUCACCGUCGUGGAGUUGACCAACAGCUUAGUGGCGACGCGUUUUCAUGUUGCCAUUGCGACCAACAUGCAGGGACUGGGAGCCGUGCCCAUGCAGGUGAACCCCAUGGAUGCGGCCUUCAAGCGCAACUCUGCACUGAAUAGCAAGGACAAGUUGCGAGAUGCCAAGGUCACGGACAUGCAUGGCAAUCAGACGCCCUGGAUCCCGCCAGACACACCUGACGACACCCUUGACCAGAUCGCCAACCUUAAUAAGGACUUGGAUGACGCGAGCAAAGACGUGGGGAACUCGGCUUUGCCGCUGGCGGCUCGCAGGCUUGCGCACACCCGCAGAGCAGCGAAGCUGAAGGUGUCAGGGAUAGACCUUGAUCUGGGCUCGGCCAGGAUGGUCGACAUCGGGGACCUCUUCAAUGCUUUAGUGUCUGCACUCAAGGCGACGAUCAAGUUCGUGAAGGAUGAGAUCUCAGAUGCUUGGCACAUCCUGGCUGUCAUUGAGGGCAAGAUUUAUGCGGCGUUGAUGGACACCCUCGAAGCAAUCGGCGGCGCCAUUCGUUGGGUCUACAACCAGAUCAAGAUGGCCAUUGAAUGGGUGAUCAGGUUUUUGGAGUUCCUUUUUGGUUGGAAGGACAUUCUGGUGACACACCGGGUGAUCAAGAAGUUCAUCUUGCUGACUGCUGCAGAGUUCGUCGAUGACUUGGCCUCGGCCAGGGCCGCCACCAAGAAGGCACUCGAUGACUUCAAGAAGAACAUCGCAGAGUUCACGGGCGUGAAGCAGGGCCUGAAGACGACCAACGCUGAGGCACUCAAGAGCCCAGAUCCAAGUGCCAAGCAAAAUGCCCCGGGCAACUUGGGCAAGCAUCACUUCAAAGGCAACGCAACCCGUGCCUCCACACCAAACAAGGUGGACCCCGGAGUUCCAUCGGCCCUCGAAUUGCUUGUCAACCUCUGCGAGUCGGCGGAACAAACUCUGGUGGAUGCAGCGGGCCAAGUCAAGACCCAAGUGAUUGACCAGUUCAGCGACCUAGAGCUCACUACAGUCUUGGAGCGAAUUGCUGGCAUCAUAUCUAUCGCUCUAGUUGACGGCACUGAGGAUAUGAUCUUGGAGCUCUUCACUGUUUGUGAGGCCUUUGUGGACCAGUUGAUGGGCAUGCUGGAUCACACCAUUGACAUCCCAGUGAUCUCUUGGCUCUAUAAGCUGUUGACUGGAGACGAUCUUUCUCUCCUUGACCUCUUGUGCCUAAUUGCGGCUAUCCCAACAACUAUCUUUUACAAACUCGUGAUGGGCCAUGCCCCCUUCUCCACGAGCGAUGCAUGGACGCAGCGCAUGCUGGAUGCAAAGACGGUUCGGGACUGGAACAAUGCGCCUUAUGAUCAGCAGCCCUUGGAAGGCGCACUUCUCACAGAUGACCAAGCGAAGAAGAAGGCAACGCAGGCAUUGGCGCUGGGCGCUGUGGCCAUGCACGGGAGCGUAAUCAGGCUAUUUUGCACUGCAGCCCGAAGGGGUAUGCAGAAGGAUGACAUAUUCAGUGAUGAUGACAUUAAGCUGAUGGAGUCCUUCAGGUGGAUUGGGAGUAUGGCCGCUUCUGCUCCUUCCUUGAACCUGAAUAUGUUUGACAAGGUGCCUGACGUGCAGGAGUGGUAUAAAGGCAUGAGCAAGGUCCUCACCGCUUGGGGCAAAGUCCGGGGCUUCGUGCAGAUCUUCUAUGUAACCAACAAGAACAAGAUGAUUGGCAAAGCGUUCUCCACGCUGUCAACCAUCGAAAACUUCUUGAAACUCAUCCCCCACAUCGUGACACCCGUCGAGGAGAACGACUGGUCAGCACACAUUGUCCUGAAGACCUUGGGCAAGGUGAGCAAUGACUGCGGCGGCAUUUUGAGCUUACCUCAAAAGCUGACACCAUCUCCCGGCAAGGAGGAACUUUUCUCCUGUGAGUGCGUGUUUCGACUGAGCUACGGUGUGCUGAUGAUUGCCUACCCCGUCACUUGGUUGGCAGGGGCUUGA